CGUCCAGGAUACUGUUCUAAUUUCACCGUUGGGAAACAUCAACAUAGUAACCCGGGAAAGGCAACCUCAGAGGCGGGUGGCGGCUUUUCUUUAAUUCAGUAUCACAGCUGUCCUGGAUAUGUGGAUGUAGUUACGCGAAUAAACGCUGGGACAAUGGGCGCAUUUUGCUAGAAAAAGUUGCUAGUUUAGUUGGCACUAACUGCGAGCUAACAGUGGUUUGCUAACGUUAGCCGGCUAACGCUAACAUUAGCAAACAGACAGCUGAACGAAACUGAAGCAGAAGUCCACAGAAGUUAGGACUCUUUUAACAUGAGGACAUCAGCGUGAAUGUGGACACCAAGACACGUCGGAUACUUUCCCUAAAGGUGAAGGUGAGAGAUGAGGAGCAGCAGGACUGAGGUGUCUCUUAAAAACUCUGCUCAACAGCCCACUGAUCACAAUAUUGCCACAGAGCUGACAACUGCAUGGAACGGUUCGGCUCAGUCCAAAGCUGCUCUGCGGCACAUAGAAAACCGUAUCGAAGCAACACCAGGAACAGGGGUUCUCCUGGACUGUGUCUCCGACUUCCCCAAGAAGAAAUCCUCCAGAACAGUGCGCUCCAGGGAUGGACAACAAGUUGAUGACCUUGGAAGGUCUUCAAAACCCAGAGGUGGAAGUCAGCAGAGUCCAGAAAAGAACAGCUCACGAAGCCCCUUGAGAAAUACCACCCAGGACAGCAAUGUCCGGAGAAACAACAGUGUGGAGUUCAGGGAGCCGCUGGCCUCAUACAGAGAGGCCACCCCUCCAUUACAUCCCUCAGCUCAGCUGGAAGCCUACAGUCUGCACUCAGUGCCAGGGUCUUCGUACCCAUCGUCUCUGCCUCCCUCAGAUCCUCUGGCCAGCCAGCUGGUCUACCAGAGGGACACCAGGGACAAACAGACAGACAGGGACUUGGACAGCACACACUCCUCAGCUCUGGAGAGCACUGAGGUGUGUUACCUCAAUGACCAGCCAGCCCUGGACACCCUGAGGAUGGAGGAAAGCACACCCAAAGCACAACUUGGCAUGGACAGCAAAGACUCAAGCCCAUGCAUUGCUUCCACCUCAGGCACUAUACACAGAGGGGAGAGCACUUCUUCCACCAGCCCUGGCUCAGCAUCUCAACGGUUGGAGAACCUAAGGCGGCAUCAGCCUGAUGAUAAGCUCGAGAAGCUCAAGGAGCGCAUUCGAAGACAGAGACAACAUCUGGAGGAGACUGCAGAGAGGGAGAAGCUGCUGAGUUAUCUGGAACAGCCUACUUUGGCAUUUAUGGAGAGUAGCAAUCCUGGUACAAGGAAAAUGCCCACAACAAAAAUACGCAAAGUAGCGGCUGCGCCACCUGCACCUAUAUACAAAGGUUUCAACAGUACAGAGACAAAGAUCCAGACUCCUGAUGGCAAAGUUUGGAAAGAAGAAGAGUUUCACAACCUUAGCAGAGAAAUAUACAGAGACUUGUCACGACAAUUUGCUGAGAGCACCAGAUCCAGACCUCAACAGCAGCGGGAACCCAGGGCAGACAGGUCCAAAGAGAGACCCAAACCAAUCAGGAAGGUCCACAAAGCUGCUCCUGCUUCUGACCUGAUUUCAAAAGCAGUUAUUAGCCCUGCAUCAUGGCGUGAGGGCCAGAAGCUGGUAAAGAUGGUACUCGGUCCAGUUCCUAAGAUGCCUAGGGAGGAGGACAGUCCCUAUCCAUCUGACAGACGCAGUCGAACAGCUUCCAAUCACCGAUCAGAACAACGUUCAGAAUCAAAUCGACGUUCUCGCUCAAACAGUACAGAGAGGACUCACAGCAGGUCUCAGGGUCAACCCAAAAGCCGCUCUGCCACCACAUCUAACCCCCUGUCUGCGGCUCAGGACAAGGCCCCUGUGGGAGCAAGCACAGACCUUUUGUCAGCAGACAUCCAGGGGAUACUUGAUGACCUUCAACUGGAAUACAAGGCUGUUGAGAAGGAGGAGAGGGCCCGGAAAAGGUCCCGCUCCCGUGGCAGCAGUGGAAGGAGAGGGAGAGGAGGCUCAGGGUCCAGAACAAGGACCCCAGUCUCUGCUUGGGGAACUACUGUGGCAGACCAUAGCUCCUCGAGAGUUUGCCGCAGCACAAGCCCAACUACACAUCGACCAGAAACCGGCAGCACAGUUGUUGAGAAAGGGCAAAAGAGGCGACACUACGAUGCAGAUACGGUUCGUCAGUAUAUUGCCCGGCAACAAGAGGAGAGAAAGAGGCGUCAGGUGGAGGAGAAGAGAGCGAUGAAGGAAGAGGCUGACAGGAGAAACCAGAGACUGCAGGAGCUUUACAGGAAGCAAAGAGAAGUCGCUAGAACUGUGGCCUUUCCCGCUGAGGCCCCUGUGCAAAAGCGACUACAGGAGACAUACACCAAACUACUACUGGAGGGGGACCAGCUUGGCGAGGAGGCCACACAGACACACCAUGCUGCUCCUUCUAAUCAAAUGAGACCUAUGUACCAGCCCUCAGGAGAGUCGGACAAAGAGAACAAAAGACUAGAAGCACCACAGAGCCCCUCGAGCAGUGAUAGGUCUUUGAACGAUCAACCACCGUUAUCUAGGAUUGAUCUGGAUCUUGGAGUUACCUCUUUACUUCAGUCAGAUCAUCUGUACACAGUUGCAGGACCAGUGGCUGGCCCUAGCAUCAGUGCCCGAGCACCUGAUCAUCUCCUCUCUCAUCUUCUAAGACUGGAGAGAGCAGUGGCUGCUAGCGACAACAAGCACACCCAGCGGCCUGCCACAUCCCCUUCCAUCAGGUCACAGUCCAAAAUGUCUCGCAUUGAAGCCAUCAAAGCCACAGCUGCAUCCCUCUCUAACCGCAUAGAGAGUGAGGCACGCAAGCUUGUUGGGGAGGGGGUCAACUAUGGUACACCAACUACAAUGGAUGUGGAUACUAUUUUGCCUCCUAGACAAUCCAGUCUUGAUGGGGGAUGCUGGGCAGAAUCAGCUGCAUGUGCCACAGAUAAUAAUGAUAUGGCUCUGAGGAUCCAGAGGAUUUUGACCAGCACAAGUCAUAGUUCAUUCAAUAGCACAGCUCUUCCAGGAGCAGGCAAUCAGCAUGCAUUAACAGAACAGGAAGAAAAGAAUGACGCACACAUCAGUUUCUCUAAUCCACACAUGACUUUCAAUCUAGUGGGGCCAGUAUUUGGCAAUUACUCACAGGAAAAGAGGAAGCUAGUCAAUGGCUUGGAGAAGGAAGAACGAGUGGAUCAAGGAACACAAAGGAAACAAUAUGACAAGGAGGAGAAUCAGACAGAUAUCCACGACUCAAGUGCUGGUUCCAUUAGUGAAGGUCCUCUUCUGAGUGAAGACAGUUUUUCAGAGGAUGAGGUGAGUCCUUCUCAGCCCUCCAAAAAUCGCGUUCCUAGGUCAGCAGAUCAACAAGAGGCAGUGGCCUACGCUGCACGUCAAAGAAAGGAUUACCAGCGGCUGUUGGGCUUCCAGAGGGAGGCAGCAAUGUGCACGGCCCUCAGUUCACCCGUUGUGCAGCACAGCAGUAACAAAACAGCCUGGGAAGAGCUGAACAAAGGAAGCCCUCUAAGUGUGAUCAACAUUUUCACUAAAAACCUUCAUGGCCAUGUUAAAGCGAGUGAGAGAAAUUCAGAGAGGAAUUCUCCCUCUGCCAAUUCUUUGCGUUCUGGAAGUAGCCCUGGAGAUGCAGCCGCUUAUGAAGACGAUUUUGUGUCAUCACAUAGCAGCAGAGCCAGUGGCCUUUUAAAGAGAGGCUCCAAUUCACCAAGCAUGAACAGUCACUUUGAAGAGCUCAUCAGGAGGUCUCCUUAUGAGAAAAGUACAGGAGGCAUUUAUUCACACCAUUCAUCUUUUCAUUCAUCGAAUCACUCACCGCACCUUUCCUCUGGUUCAACACCUGGCUCCUCACCUCUGUCCAGGCACUCGGCCAGAAAAAGAGCAUCAGACCAGAGUGAUGCCACCCUCGUAGAGGAGCAACAGAACUCCUGCUCACCCCCUUCAGAAGUCCUAUCGUCUGACUCUAGAAAUAGAGGUUCAGGCCAAAGUUCUGCCCCCAGUCAAGCCAAGAGUGUCCACUCCAAUGACACUUCAGGAGAAACCUCAGGCCAUUCUCACCAAAGGGCUAGAUUGGCUUCUCCUUCUGGAUCUCGAGGCUCUGGUUCUCCUCCAGGAGCAGACUCACCGAGUGAAUCUGUCAGACUGGGUUCUCUAGGUGCAAAUAUCCCAAACUCAGCUUAUGGUGGUAGAGCUGAGGCCAGGUCCACAGGUGAGCUACGGUAUUCACCUGCUGUCUUGCAGCAACGUAUGGCAGCAGAGCUUCAGUACCUGGAAUCCAUUGAAGAGUCAGUCAGACAGCUGGGGGAUGUGGAGAGGCUGGUGGAUGUGUCCAUGGCACAGCAGGAGAGUGCAUCAUUGGCCCAAAUGCUCAAGGCCAAGCAGCAGCGCCAUGAGCGUGACCUAUACGAGUUGAAGAUCAAGGCUGAAAGAGAAGCUCUAGAGGCACAGCUACAACAGGAAGAAAACAGACAGAGAGUGGCAAGGGCUCAGUUAGAAGUACAGGAAAGCUUGGCAGCAGCUCAAAAGGAGGCUUUGGAAGAUCUCCAGGAAUCAACUACUAAGAUGAUGAGUCAACAGGCUGAGGCAGCACGCUACACAGUCGAUGCUGCCCGACAUAUCAAGGAGAUGACAGAACUGGCCCGCUCGCAGAUGGCAGGAACUUUGAUCGUCCCUCCUGUUCACACUGAUUCCUCUAUGUUGGACCAGCGACAGGACAGAACUGAUUCUGACAGCUUGGGAAGUGAUGUGUCAAGCAGAAAGACCAGGCCAGAGGAACCUCUGUCUUUACUGAACAGCCUCAGUCACUCUGACUCACUUUCAUUCAGAAGACCAAACCUCAGUGGAGCUGCUUCAAGCAGCCCCCGCAGCGCAUCACAUGUCUCCUCAGAAAGCAGAGAACGGGCAAAAAAAGAGGCAGCACAGGGCAAAUGGAGGAACGGAGAAGCUGGGGAGAAGCCAGAGAGGGAAGCAGCCAGCAGCUCCAUAGAGGAGGAAGUUCCAGCAGCAGCAAAUUACUCUCUCUGCAGUGACAGCAUCCCCUCUGUAGUGGAUGAGAAAGGAGAGAGUACAUCCGUGGCAACAGAAUACUCUCUCAAGUUUGAUGAGUCCAUGACUGAGGAUGAAAUAGAGGAGCGCUCCUUCCGCUCUCUGCUACCGUCUGAGGCGCAUCGCCGUGGAACUAUGGAGAAGAAGUCCCGCCAUCGCGAGGAAUCAGAGGAUGAUGGAGCCAAUCACAACACAACAUUGGUUUCAGGGUCAAGAUCAAACAAUACCUUAAAGUCUCAGGAUGCAAGCAUGGUCUUUUCUGGUGGACAGGACAGCUUUUCCCAGUUCACUAUGGACAUGGUUCGUCAGUACAUGAAAGAUGAGGAGGUAAGAUUGCAGCACCAAAGUUCUCUGCUGCAUCUUCGCCAGAAAGCUCUCAAGGAGAAAACCCGGGCAGAGCUGGCCUGGCUAGAGCACCAGAAAAAGAGACUGAGGGACAAGGGAGAAGAUGACAAAAUGCCACCAAUCAGGAAGAAGCAGAGGGGACUUCUGAUGAAACUACAGCAGGAGCAGGCUGAAAUCAAACGACUUCAAGAGGCCAAUAAAGCAGCAAGGAAGGAGAGACAGUUGUUGCUGAAGCAGCAGGAGGAGAUUGAACGCAUGAGAAACUCAACACACAGACUGAAGGAGCGUCUCAAGUGUGUUGGGGGUGAAGCGCCACCUGAGACUCCAGUGUCAGAAACUCCGUGUUCUGAACCUGCCUCCCCCAGCAUGAGGCAUGCUGAAGAUGUCCGUAGCCCCUCUCCAUCUCUUUCCGUCUCUGGAAGUGAGACUAGCAGCAUCAUGCAGAAGCUAAAGAAGAUGCGCUCUCACAUGGAUGAAAAACACUGUUCUCCUGUCCACUACUUCCUCUCUGUGUUUACGGCCCACAACUGGGCCUCCCUCAGUGUCUGUCUUCCCAACCUCCAACCUAAAUUCCAGCUCUUUAUCUACAACCAGUUGGUCAGGUUCCUGACCAAACGAGAGCAGCAGCUCAUGCAGAGGCGACACCAUGCUGAAGAGCUGCUGCAGUGGAAACAGCGGCUGGACCAGGAGGAAGCAGAAGUACGCAGGAUGGAGAAAGAAGCCCUGGCUGUGUGGGACCAGAAGACGCGUCAUCACAAGAAUCUUGAAAUAUCAGAGAGCAAGGAAAUGGAUGUUCCUGAUAGUAGCUCCCGUCCCAGUCACCAUCAAAGCUCAGGGCUCCGAACUGACAGUGAGAAAGAGUAUGUGAGUGAGGGCGACAUUUCCUCAGCGACUCCUGAGUACAGUAUACACACAGAGGGACUGGAGUCCCAGCAACUGGGAAGUCCUUCCCCACCACAACCUGCUUCAGUGUCUGAAACAUCCUUGGCCUCUGUCCAGAGCAGCCCUUUAAAUUACACCCAGGACUUCUCUUCAGGGUCACAGUCGCCUAGCAGAAAAUCUUCUCUCAAAGGCAGCCGCAGCCCUGCUGGCUCUCCCUCAGAUGGCAGCAGUAAAACCAAGAUGCAGCUCCAGUCCACCUCCUGGACAACCAACCAGGCCUCCACUCAGCCCACUGACCCACCCAUGGCCACACAGACUGAAACCAUUUCAGACCAGAGUGACAUAGAGAGUCGUAUCAAGGCCCUGAAGGAAGAACUGAGGAAACGAAAGAUUAUGGCCUACCAGCUGAAGAAGGAGCAGAAGAAGCGCAACAAGGAACGCCUGAAGGCUCAGGAGGCAAGCCUGUUGAAACAGCUGGAGAAUUAUAAUAAUUUCAUCGAGAAGACAAAGGCAGAACUGAACAAAGCGCCCGACUCAACGCCUGAUGUCAGCUCCCAGAUCAAAGAUUCAAACUCUGUUUUAGAGCAGUCCAUUGUCAUACCACCCACACACAGAUCUGAAACCAGCUACAUUUCUGACUCCAAAAAGAUUCAAACUGAUGCAUCUUUACAUCACAAUGCCAUUCCUGAACCAGGGCAGAGUAGAUCAACUUCAGUGCCGGAAGACUUGUUUGAUGAGGAGCAGCCAACUAUGGCAGGCUAUGGCAGCCCAGAGUGUCCAGUCCCUGAGCACAAGUUCUCUCAAUCCACAGAGCCUCUUUUAAGAUCUGUCUCCAAAGAAGACAAAGCAAAGUCUGAAGAUGAGAGCAUUGUAUCUGAUUAUCGAUCUGAUAUUCAGGAAGAGCUGGACGUAAGCUCCAAGUUAGAUGAUGAAGACCCUCAGCAUCUUCUCAGACUAGAAAAGGAAGACGGACUUGAUUUCCAGGAGAGAUUGUCUACAUCUAAACAUGGUUCAUCUUCCAUAAAUGAAGAACAUCAAUAUUCUCCAUCUGUUAGCCAAGAACAGGACAAUCUAAUGAAGCAGAGGGAAAUAUCUGAAACUGAAGACACUGUGAAGUCAAAUAUUACUGCCUUUAGUCAGAAGCAGUCACCUGCAGUAGACCUCAAAACUUCAUCUCAACCAAGCUACAGUUAUUCAUCUGGUGACCAUUCCCGCUCUCCUGAAUCAUUUGCCACUUCUUCAAAUAAGGAGUCACCCAUAAAAGAUAUAGAGGCUUCUCCCACAGCAGAUGGCUAUCAUGAUGACUUUGAGUCAUCGGUAGAUUCUUCACCCAGAGAAGACCAUCCUAGUUCCAAGCUUGAGUCUCAACUCUCAUUUUCCCCUACUGAAAUCAAGAGUUCAAGAAAUGACAGCCAGGAUGAAGUUGUGGAGGAGGACAUAGCUGAGGAGCUGAGUCACCACUCUGGUACUAGUGAACCUAGCCACCAGUCUGGAAGACUGCUAGAUCUUCAUAAGCAGCCAGAGGAUUUCAAAUCUCUCAUUAAGAGCAAUGAUUCCGGCCACUCACCGCCUGUCUCUCCUCUUCAGACCCCUCUCUCUCUUGCUGUAGAUGAAAUGCUCAGUUUUAACAUUGGAGACCGGGUUCUUGUUGGUGGUGUUCAGCCUGGCACUCUGAGAUUCAAAGGUCCAACCAGCUUUGCUAAUGGCUUCUGGGCAGGUGUGGAGUUAGACAAGCCUGAAGGUAGCAACAACGGCACUUAUGAUGGGAUCGUCUACUUUGAAUGUGAGGAAUGUCACGGUAUCUUUGCUCCUCCAGACAAAAUCACACAUCUUCCAGACAAGUUUGAGGUCUACACAGAUACAACAGAGGAUGAAGACUCAUUCUUUGAUGAUUUCUCAGAGAAAGGCAGAGAUACACGAAAAACUGAGGAAGACAAUAAAAAACAAGGAUCCCAAAAACAAGGAAAUCUGGAGAAGGAAAAUGAUCAAACAUCUCAUAACGUCACGGAGUCUGGAGAUAAAAAGGUUAUUGACGAGUCUCUUCCCAAGUCCCAGUUUAUUUCACAGCGCCAUGAAGAAUCUGAGCAUCCAAUUUCGAAUGGCGAUGUUGGGGAUGUAAUGUUGGAUUUUGAAGAUGCCUCACACACUCCCCUCAUAUCUGACAUUGAUAAAAUAGGCCUAAUGAAGCAGAGUCAGAAGAUUGUAAGUGAAGAUGUAAACUAUCAAAGCCACUCCAGUCCUGCUGAUCUUGGCACAGAUAUCAGGGAUGAAAAUAGAGAACACAAGAACAAAGAUUUGCUGGACACAUUUGCAGAUAAGCUUCUCCACAGCUUUGUGAAGGACACUGUGCAGCAGUUUGCUGUAAUUAAAAAGGCUAAACAGCAGAAAAUUGAAGCUGCUAACCAGAAAAAUGGAGACCUCUUUGGUGAAAAUGUUGAAGAAGAAUGGAUGUCUUUAGUGGAACAAAAAGAUGGUCUACCCUUCUUUCUACCUGCUGAUAAAGAGGAACUAUCUUCUCCAGAACUGUGUAACCGACCACAGAGUCCAGUGUUAGGGGCCAGUGGUCAAGAAGAGCUUGCAAAGCGACUAGCAGAGCUGGAACUGAGCCGUGAACUACUAGAUGAGCUUGGUGAUGAUCAGGACUGGUUUGAUGAGGACUUUGGUCUCAGCUCCCGUAGAGAACAGCAGAGACUCAAACAGGAAGAGGAAGAGGCGAGACUGGGAGGAGGAAGAGGAGGCCUUGCCAGAUCUGGCUCCUCAGCUGGAACACCUAUGGGGGCGAUGGUUUCCUCAUCAGGUGGGGAACCACAGGUAAAAACUCCACCUAGACCUGAGCUACCUCUCCCUUUGCCACCUAAACUACCGGAGCAGCCUGCCAUGGUAGUGCCCCACUCAGCUACGGAGGUGGAGAAGAUGGUUCAUGCUGCCACACAGGAGAUCUGGGAGAGAUGCGACUUGGGGAAAAGGGGAACAUUGAGCCUUACACAGAUGCCAAUCCCUCAACCUUCUCAAGAUUAUUUAGGUAAAGAGGCCGGUAGCCAGGACCAGGAGGCCCUCUCCAUCUGCAGCUACAGAAAGGCUGUGUAUGACUUGACGUGGGAGAUUCUUGAGGAGAUCUAUGCCGAGGACCCCAACACUGAUCAGCCUCAGUGGGUCAAACCCCGUCGAGUUAAGUCCUCCUUCCACAAAGUCAAGACACCAGGAAACCUCACCAAAGUCCAGGAAUUUAUCACAGCAGAAGUACUGAAGCUUUAUGGUCUGGCAAAAGAUGAGAACCAGAAGACUGACUGGCAGAAGAUGUUGAAAUUUGGCAGAAAGAAGCGUGACAGAGUCGAUCACAUACUGGUUCAGGAACUCCACGAGGAGGAGUCCCAGUGGGUCAACUACGACGAGGACGAGCUCUUUGUCAAGAUGCAGCUGGCAGACAGCAUCUUCGAUGCUUUGCUAAAGGACACGGCAAAUACACUCACACUAAUUUCUGACAAGAGGGCCAGAAGAAGCUCCCUCUCCUGACGGUUUUUCUGCUUGGAUUUUUAAACUACAGCUUCUAGCUCAAUCCCACUUUUUUCUUCACCUCAGUGAACUGUAGCCAACACACUUGAGCUUCCACCAGCUGAUGUGCCAAUGGCAACCCUCUGAUGCCUUCAGUCCCAGUAUUACCUCUCAGCUUAACAACUUCCUCAUUUCUUUGUUAUUCAUUUGCUGAAGUUGCUUCAGCUAACUGUAGUGCUGGUAUCAUUUGUUUUAUACACAAAAUGCCUCUUGAGUACUCAGCCUACUUAAACAUUAAUAUCAGCUGGUGUCAGAUCUCAUCUCCUGGACUGCCAGUUGGAGAAUGGGCAGAUGUGUGGAUAAGUUGGAUUGUGCCAUUUGGAAGCAGUCCCCCAACGCUGCUAUGAAGAUUGUUUCAUUGUGGGCUUUAAUGUAACAUCUACCUGAAAAAGCAUUAGGUUGUUAGAUUUUAUAUUGAAUGGAUAUCAGAUUUAUAUAUAUUUGGAGACAAAAAUUGUAAAGUAACGGAGACAAAGAAAAUACAGUGCAAUCCGUGAAUCCAGUGAAACCAUUUUGCAUCGAUUUGGUAAUCCAGCACAAAAUAGAAAUGAAACUUUGACUAUGAGGUUAAAGGUCUUGGUUACAAGGACUCUUAGAGUGUUGCCCGAAGACUAAACGAUGUUCAGCUCUUUGGCCCUCAAACAUUUUUAAAGCACUUUAACUUCAUAGACACUGCUGAAUUUCAAAUCUGGAGGAGAGCCUAAACAAUUAUUUACGGAGCAGAUAUUGUCCGAGUGCACUGAAUAGGAGUAGAGAUAUUCUAUGAAACGUUUUGCCUCCUUAAUUAUUUAUUGUGUGAAAUUUGUUUGAUUAGAGGAGAAAAUUAACAUUCACAUUAUGUAAACAUAAUAAAUAAAUGUUAUUGUAAAAGCACAAAUACAAAUGUGAAUGUGAACAUGGCAAUACAUUAUGUAGGAGAAAGCAGAAAACAAUAUUUAAUAUUUAAAGUUGUUAAUAAUUGAUUGAAACUCUCUAACUGUACGACUUUUAUUGUGACCACAACUGUCCGGUUGAUCAGCUCAACCACUGUGUGCCACUUCCAUGCUAUAUGUUAAUAUUAUGAAGCAUGUUGCCUGGUUAAAAAAAAUGUUUGUCCGAUGAUUUAUGCUUUGUUAGCCCUCGUUAACUUUUGCUUUUGUUUUCUCACCCAGCUGCUCCUCAGUUUUCUUUCUUUUAUUUUGGCUUUUGUUUAUCUCCAAUAUUUGGCACAAGUGUCCACCUGUGUCCCUCGAAACUCAGGCUACGUAACUCAACACACACUUCAAUAUUUGCUAUACAAGUGGGAGGCAGAAGACUCCCAGUACACUUAACUGUUUUUUUUGUUUUGUUUUUUUAGAAUCACAUUAUGGGACAGUACUGAAAUGCUGGAUUUGAGCCUUACUUAUCUGACAUUCACUUUCUAUAAUUUGGGAAAACACCUGUGGUUGUCUUGUUUUUUAACAGUUGCUGUGGGAAAAGUUAUGUGGCGAACACAUGCAUGGUUAGUUGUGUUACCUGCUGCUGUGAAACAUUUGGCUUUACAACAAUCAGCUAGUUCAAAUAAGGAAAAAAUGUUGCCUGUCGGUGUUGCCGGGCGGCCGGACAGAGGUAGCGCUUCUUCACAUUCAUUUUAAGUGCCUCUUUACGUUGUUGAUUUGUGACAGAUUUUGAUGACGUCUCAACACUCUUUGGACCUAUUUUCUUUGAAUGUUUCUUUCAACUGCUGGAUACUACCAUUUUGUAAAGGAUCCCCAAAUGACUGCUCCUGCUUCUCACCAGUUUACCAGUACUUUACUUUCAGCCUUAUUGAUCCUUCCGUUUCAAACCAUAGAGUAGAACAGGACAUCCUGUAAACCUUCUCAUUCUCCUGUGCUUAGGAAGAGUUUGUAAUGUCAGGAGUCUGACACAUACUUGCUUCUUUCUAGUCAUCCAUGCCUCAGUGUCUAUAGAGAGUCAUUUCAUUGAUGUACUGUAUGGGGAACUAGUUGUAGCUGAGAACGUAGGAUUGAAUCCAAGGGCUUGUUUUGGUCCCACUGUCAGUGCUGCUUUGAUCCAACAAACUGAGUACUAACUCAAUCUGAUGCGUGUGACGGAGUUUGUUAAUCCUCACUGACUGUUUGGAGCUAAAGUGACCUUAACGUUUCUUUUUCUAAAUUCAGUGUUUUAACAAUUGUUGUAGUUUUUGUUCAAAUUGUAACUUAUAUAAAUGCAGAAAAAGACCAAAAAACAUUUGAUACCAAUCUCUCCUUGCUGUGUGACUUGUAUGUCUAGUGUGUAGGCAUAUGUAACUGUAAUGGUUAGAAGCGUAGAAGCGUUUUCUGCAAGGCGUUAUUGAAAACCCUCUAGCAUCGUUCUCUUGACCUGAUUGUAUGUGGGAGGACGUUAAGUCCUCCUCUGUAACUAUGCAGUACUUGGUCGUAUUCAUUGUUUUGUACAUUUGGACCAAACGACUAAGAGCCUCAGCUGUCAUCUGUAGAUAACUUACAUCUUCAAGUAGCAGUGUGGCGUAAGACGGUAUUGCUCCAGUCUGCUGGUUUUCUUCACAGAGACAUGAAGCGCCUCUACCUUAACUUAAAUGUAUAGUUUGAGAUGAGUAACUUAAUCAAAAAUGGACAGGACAAUAUUUGAUUUUAACAAUAACCCAGUCAAACUAGAUAUCCCUCCUCGUCUUUUGAAAUGUCUAUGAAUAUUUAUAAUAAUGUGCUGUGAGUGUGCGCUACGUGCACUUGAAGAAUUGUACAAUUCUUUUAUGGGUGUAAAUAUACUGUCUCCAAUUUGACCCACUGUUAUUGUAACCGGAACGAUUGUUGUAAAAUGAACACUGUUUACUUUGCAAAUAUGUACAUAGUAUAUAUUUGGUAAACUAAAUGAUAUAUGAAACUGUAAAUAAAGCUUUUGUUGUAUCCGAA